AUGUGCCUGGCGCCGGAAGAGAAGCGGCUCUCUUUGGGGACGGCCAUCUUGUGCGGCGGCGAGCAGCGCUGCGGGGCCCGGGCUGCAUCGGAGGCGGAUCCGGCCGACAGGGGCCCAUCAUGCCGGGACACCUGCAGGAAGGCUUCGGCUGCGUCGUCACCAACCGCUUCGACCAGCUCUUUGAUGACGAGUCCGACCCCUUCGAGGUGCUGCGGGCGGCCGAGAGCCGGCGGAAAGAGAGCGGCGGCGGCGGCGGCGGGAGCCAGGGGGGCGGCGGCGGCGGCGCCCGCGGCGGCCCGGCGGGGGCCCAGCCCGGCUCCGCCGGCGGCGCCGGCAGCGGCGGCGCGGGCCCGGCGGGGGCCGGCGGCGGCGCCGGCAGCGCGGCCAAGCAGCUGCGCAGGGAGUCGCAGAAGGAGCGCAAGAACCCGCUGCCGCCCUUCGCCGCCGCCGGGGCCGCCGCCGACCGCCGCGAGGAGGGCAGCGCCCAGCCCGGGGCGCCGCUGCGCAAGGAGGGGAUAAGGCGUAUUGGCAGGAGGCCUGAUCAGCAGCAGCAGCAGCAACAGCAGCAGCAGCAGGGUGAAGGCAAGCCCAUUGAGAGGAGACCAGAGCGACGACCUCCUCGUGAACGCCGAUUUGAUAAACCUGCUGAUGAGAAAGGCGAAGGAGGAGAAUUUUCUGUUGAUAAACCCAUUCUUGACCGACCUAUGCGUGGACGUGGCGGACUUGGAAGAGGACGUGGACGCGGACGUGGAAUGGGCAGAGGAGAUGGGUUUGACUCUCGUGGCAAGCGUGAAUUUGACAGACAUAGUGGCAGCGAUAGAUCUUCUGUUUCACAUUCACAUUUCAGCGGCCUAAAGCAUGAGGACAAGCGUGGUGGCAGUGGAUCACACAACUGGGGAACCGUCAAAGACGAGCUAACUGAAUUGGAUCAGUCGGCUGUAACUGAGGAAACACCGGAAGGAGAAGAACAUCCACCUGCUGAUUCUGAAAACAAAGAGAAUGAGGUUGAAGAAGUUAAGGAGGAAGGUCCUAAAGAAAUGACCCUGGAUGAAUGGAAAGCUAUUCAAAGUAAGGAUCGUGCAAAAGUUGAAUUCAACAUCCGUAAACCAAAUGAGGGUGCUGAUGGGCAAUGGAAAAAAGGAUUUGUUCUUCACAAGUCAAAGAGUGAGGAGACAAAGGCGAUGACAGAAAUGCAGGGGAGUCUGCUGGAAUCAAAUGAGGCUCAUGCUGAAGACUCGGUAAUGGAUCAUCACUUCCGUAAACCAGCAAACGAUAUCACAUCCCAGCUGGAGAUCAACUUCGGAGACCUCGGCCGUCCCGGACGUGGCGGCAGAGGGGGUCGGGGUGGCCGAGGACGCGGUGGCAGGGCCAGCCGCGGAAGCAGAACUGACAAGUUGGUUAAGGAGUUUGACGUGAUCCACACACCCAACCAGUCAAAUGCUUCUGCUCCUGAUGUAGAUGACCCAGAGGCUUUCCCAGCUCUGUCCUAAACUGGAUGUCAUAAGCCAACCCUGCCCUCACUGGGCCUUCCUCUCCGAGGCUUGCAUGCUUAAGGAUCCUAAACAACUAAGAAAUUUAAAAAAGGAGACUGUCAUUCAUACCAUUCACACCUACAGACUGAAUUUUAUCUGUUUUGAAAAUGAACUUCUCUCGCUACACAGAAGCAACAAUAUGGUAGUCAGUUUUGUAUUUAGAAAUGUAAUGGUAGCAGGGAUGUUUUCAUAAUUUUUUCAGAGAUUAUGCAUUCUUCAUGGAUACUUUUUUGUAUUGCUGCUUGAAAAUAUGCGUUUCCAAACUUGAAAUAUAGGUGUGAACAGUGUGUACCAGUUAAAAGCUUUCACUUCAUUUGUGUUUUUAAUUCAGGAUUUUAGACAUUUUCCCCAAACAACAAACUGGUUUUUAAUUAUUGCACACUAUUUCUGUUUCCGUAAUACCUAUUUAGGAGAUUUUUAUCAGCCCAUGGUCUUUUGGAAAAUGUAAAAUUUAAUUUGGCAAACUGUUAGUACUGUGUGGAAUACUAACUCCUGGAAGUACUUUAGUUUUAAUACUUCAUUUGAAACUUGGAAAAACAGUCAUUUUUCAUCUAUGUUCGGUAGUUUGUUUACACAAAAUCUUUAUACAAAAUUGAUACCAAAUACUUGAAAAAGUAUUCAAAGCACAUUGGUUUAUAGCUAAAUACCUGUGUAUUGAUCCAGCAGUGAUGUAUGGAUAAUUGGUCUAAACCUUUUUUUAAAAAAAUUGUGUUACACCUUUCACUCACCCUUUUUACCUUUGUUCCCUUCUCACUACAACAAAACUAGAUGCUUUGUUGGCAAAAAAAAAGUUUUUAAAAUUACCUCUAUUUUUUCUUUGAGAGGGAACUCCAACCCUAUAGAUUGGAGUAAAUUUUCCUGUUGUAUGGAACUGGGAGGUGGUGGGAAAGGUGGUAGCUGUUGCUCAGUUAUCUUUUUGGAUGGUGGCUGGGGUGUGGAGUUCCAUGGUGCAGUCUGUUUGCACAAAGUACAUCAACAUCUGAUGUAUUUACAAAUCUGCUCUGAUAGUGGCAGUUCUGAAGGGGCUCUGUCUAGGUCUGGAAGGAGGAGGUUUUGGUUUGCUGUUUCAAACAGGGACAUUUGCAAUCUGUAUGGGAUACAAAAAAAAAAAAGUACAACAGAAAACCCCAAUACUUACCUUCUGGUUUAAAUUUUGUUCUGGAUUUUGGCAACAUCUGGGUUCUGACUGCUAGCUGACAAAUGAAUGUUUUUCAGAGAGUGAUUGUAAGGAACUCUUUAUACCCCUAUAGAAAUUUGUCAUAGGUUUAAUUUAACCCCUGUGAACAGGAACAUUACCACUUCAGUACACAAAAGGAGUUGAGAGAAUGACUAAUAAAGAGGGUUUCUUAGAGUUUUUAUCUGCAGCAUUUGUUAGGAGACUAGAAACAGGAUUCUCAUUUUAUUUAAUGUUUUACACUUUGAACAGCUUAUAACAUAUUUGUAGUUUUUAACUAGGUAGAUAGAAAACAAAUGGUAACGCCCUAUUUUUUUAAAAGCUGUACAGGACAGGCAAAAAGUAUUGGAGACCUUUGAAUAUGAAAUAUCAGACUCCUUAACUGUGGUGUUUAGCUGGCUUGCUUUAUCUGAACUAUUUUCUACAAAAUUUCUGUUGUAAACCACUGUUAAUAUCAUUGGAUUAGACUUAGUGCACUCACCUAUCAGUUUGAAAGUACUAGGCUGUGAGAAGGAGGCAAGUUUUCACACAGUGGAUGGCAAUAUUUCUUGGUUCAGUUCUCCUGACUCUUACGCAGGUGCUUGGUGUUGGGGGGUUCAGUUCCCAGCACUGAGUUGUUUUUUUUUCCCUCUCCCUUUGCGACUUGCACAUUCCACAUGGUAGAAUGUGUUGCAGUUUCAAUGGUAGGGACAGCUUGGAUAAUAUAACUAACAAAUGCUUUGAUUUCCAUACGUGUGUUUCUCGAUAAGCUUUCUCUGUAAUAUAAACCUUCCCCCCCUUACUCAAACUGUAUAUUUGCUGUUUCAGUUGUCACUCAGCCUUUUUUUUUUCCAGAUUAUUUCUGGGCCAGCCAGUCACCUGGGGCCCUGCCAGCCUGACUUGGUCAGCAGCUUUCCCUUCUCUUGCUUUAGAUUAUAGAGCAACUUCCUGAAUGGCAUGUCACAUAAAAUUUGCAAGAUAGCUUGUACUUACGAUUGGUCUGUCUGCUGUUCCGAUAGAUGUAAAUUUGCCUCUUUCAGUCCAUUUGUGUCAAGAACUAAAACUGUGAACAUAUAUCUUUAAUAUUGGUGGGUGUUAACUGAAAUAAAGGUUUAUUUUCAUGCUCUUUUAAAAAUGUCAUGAAAACAUGUGGACAUGACUCCACUAGGUGAAUAGUAUCUCAUCUAGGUUCUGCCCCAAGUGGUGAUGGUGCCCAGGCAUUUCCAUUACCAGCAACGGACUUUGCUUUGGGGAAAUGUCUCCCUCUGCUGAGUAGCUCCAGUAUUUCCUGUUAAUGAGCUUGCUCUUUAGUAACAUCUUCUGUCCUCUUGCUUUGCUAUUUGUGCUGUCGCGCCAAAUCCGGAGGACUAGACCUUUUAAAAUCUGAACAAGUCUAAAAAGAUGGUGAGAGCAGAGAAAAUUGGAGAGAAAUGGAGAGAAGCACUUAAUGCAAAUUGGCUUGUGAAUGUAAUGAUUGCAACGUUUGAGCAUGAAAGUUCAUCUUGCAGACUGAAUGCCACAUACUGGGAGAAAACAAGACUGAUGAUAAAUGCAAGUGUUGUCCUUGUGGGGAAGGACAUGAACUCUUCUGAGGAAAAUUAAACAUCAGAAGUCGGUGUGAAUAUAUGGUGUUUGCAGUUUCAGAGUUGAGACCACUCUUAACUGUAAUGACUUUGCCCAUUGAGAUUCGUUUGCAUAGCCACGCCUCUUGUUUUAAUAAACGCAGGACAUAUGCCUAAA